UGCUUAGUGGGACAGCUUCAUCUUCUUUCUUCUACAGUGACUAUGCUGGCUGUACCAUCACCUUCUUUAACAGCUACUUUGGCCCGUGGGGGAAACUAUCCUGCUGUUGCUGUUCCAUUAGUUGCUUUGGGAACUCAAAAUGGUACAAUUGAUGUGAUUGAUGUCUCUGCUAAUGCUGUUGCCGCGAGUUUCUCUGUUCAUAAUAGUACUGUUCGGGGGCUACGGUGGCUUGGAAAUUCUAGACUUGUUUCAUUCUCCUAUACCCAGGGGAGUGAAAAAACAGGAGGCUAUAUCAAUAGACUUAUUGUGACCUGUGUCAGAAGUGGCCUUAAUCGACCAUUUCGGGUUUUACAAAAGCCAGAGCGUGCACCCAUAAGAGCUUUAAGGGCUUCAUCAUCUGGAAGGUGUCAUAGUCUACUAAUUCAAAUACUUUUUACUUUUACUUGUUUCUCCCUUACUUCUUGUUCAUGCAAAACUAAUUGCCAACAUUCAUACCUAGCUAAUUGGAAGAAAAAUAAACAAAUUACGCAGAAAAAGCUUAUGAAAGAAGAUUAAAACAGGAAGGAAGGAGAUUAGAGAGCAGUAUUUGUUA